CUUACAAUUGCAAUCAUUAUCAUUAUCUUCCAGAGACCUAUCUUCGAAGAGUUAUUCGACCACUUGAAUCUCUCUUAAUAACAUAUAAACGGAUUGUCGUCAAAGAUAGUGCUGUUAAUGCUAUAUGCUAUGGUGCUAAGUUAAUGAUACCGGGUCUGUUACGAUACGAAGAAGGAAUUGAAAUUAAUGAAGAAGUUGUUCUUAUGACUACAAAAGGGGAGGCCAUUGCUCUUGGAAUAGCUUUGAUGACAACUGUAGUUAUGGGAACUGUAGAUCAUGUCAUUAUGGAACGCGAUACCUACCCAAAAGUUUGGGGAUUAGGGCCUAAGGCUAUGGAGAAGAAAAAAAUGAUCGCUGAAGGUAAAUUGAAUAAAUUCGGCCGCCCUAAUGAGAAUACGCCAGCUGAUUGGAAAAAGUCAUAUGUUGAUUUAAGUGGAAUUGGUGACAAAAGUACUCCAGAUGUAACACAAAUGGCAGGCCUAAUACCUACGACAACUGAACCAAAGGGUACUACGACAUUGAUACAGGAAGUUGAUACUACGCCUGUGGAAACAGAGGAUGAAAAGGCAUUAAAAAAG